CAGACACCUCACACUUCAAAAUGUUCAAGCUUAGGGUGGUCUUUAUUUUCAUCUGUUGUAUGGUUCUCUUCACUGCCCUGCCAAGUCAUGGCUCUGAGAUCAUUAAUGGACAAGAAGUGGCGCCUCAUUCUCUGCCUUUCAUGGCUCUGCUGAGUAAGGAAGAACCAAUCUGUGGAGGGAUACUGAUCAGUCAAAAAUGGGUCCUGACUGCUGCCCACUGUGGAGAGAUCAAGAAGGUGAUACUCGGAGUGCAUUUCAUCAAUGGAACGGAAAAAGAUUCACGGCAGGUGCGAAAGGUGAAGAACUUGCCCCAUCCCUGUUACGAUCUCCAAGACAAACUCAAUGACCUCAUGCUGCUUAAGCUGAAUAAACCAGUGAAGAAAACUAAGACGGUGCAAUGGCUUGGCUUGGGUAACAUCAUCAAAUACCCAGCAGCUGGCAGCACAUGUUUGGUGGCUGGAUGGGGCAAAACAAACAAUGCUGUUCAAAAAAUGUCAAAUGUCCUGAAGGCUGUCAACGUGACCGUGAUCGAUAGAAAGAAGUGCAACUCAGAAGACUAUUACAACCUCGACCCAUAUAUCACCCGCAGCAUGGUAUGUGCUGGAUCAGACGGUAUAAACAUAGCUGAUACCUGUCAGGGGGACUCAGGAGGGCCACUGUUGUGCAAUGGAAAGCUAGUGGGAGUCACCUCUUUUGGAAAGAAUUGUGGAAGGAUCAAAAAGCCUGGAGUCUACUCGUUUCUCUCUCAGAAACAACUCGACUGGAUCCAAAAGACCAUGAAGAAGUCUGACAUAGAAGUAGUGUAACAGAUGACAGCAGCAGUAAAACCAAGCAGAAUGCAACAUGCUUCUUCUUCCUUUUCUUUUCUAAAAGUUAUAUUUUUGGAUAUUUUAGCGUUUAUUGGACAGGACAGCCAAAGA